AUGGCUUUGGCAGUUGCUCAGAUUUGUCUGGGAAUUGAAGCUAUAAUGUUGACUAGUUUACAAAAGGUAACUAAAGUUCAAUUACUGGAACUGGCAGAUAAAUUACAAUUGGGAUUACCUGCAGUGGCUAUGAAAACAGAUAUAAUUGAAGAUAUAGCACAGCAUUUAAAGUUGGAAGUGAUAACUGACACUAAUGAGCCACAGCUGGAGGUUCAGAACACACUUGCUCAAAAACUCAAAGCAAUACUUGGUAACCGCAUCGAGAAGUGGAGCAAAUUUAAGGACAUUGUCACCAAAACGGCAAACACUAUUCUUCACGUGUGGAGCUUGGCACCAAAUGAAAACACAGGAAAAGCAUGGAGGCCAGAUGGAAAAGUUUUAGCAUUUAGUCUUGUAGAUACACACCGAAUUGUUUUAUGUGAUGUGGAAAAAGCAGAGAUCCUACCUUUUUUCUCCUUGGAAAACUUAGUCACCUGUAUGCACUGGACUGAGGUGAUGGAUCCAAAAAGUGCUACUGCCUCAAUCAGUUUACUAGAUGAAGAAGGAAGCCUUUUCUUGCCCAAGUUGCCUGCACUACCAAAGAGACCGCUGUCGAGAUCCAGUGACCUGAAAGCAUUGUCUGUUAUCACAGAAGUUCAACUAUCCAAGGAACCAGAGCCAAUUAUCAGUGACUUUCAGCUGGAUACCACUUUGCUAUCAGAUUAUUUGCCUGAGGUAAUUCGUGUGGCCCGGAAGUUCAUUCAUAUUUCAACACUACUCCAGUACCAAAAGCUGUCUUUGGCCUGCAUGUGUGAAGCGUGGGAAGACAUUUUAAUGCAAAUGGACUUAAGAUUGACAAAGUUUGUGUAGGAGAAAAGCACAAAAACUUCAGUACAGGAGGAGUUCAUGGAACUACUAAUGUGGGGUAAAGCUAGUCCGGAGUUGCAGUCUUUGUUAAUGAACCAGCUAACAGUUAAGUUGAGUGGUUUAAAGAAGCUUGGCCAGUCCAUAGAAUCAUCAUAUUCUAGUAUUCAGAAACUGGUUAUCAGUCACUUACAAAGGUGGAGUGACAAAGACCCAAAUGGACUGAAGCAGACUGGAAUAAGCCACCUGCUACAAUUCCCCAUGGUUUUGGCUAUCCACUCAGUGCCGAACUAUGGACACAGCCUGCAUUAUUUAAAAGAUGAGGAUGAUGACCUAGUAACUCCUCCAGAGACUGAGGGAAAUCCUUGGUUUUCCUUCUUGCAGAACAGUGUCCAUCUUAAAGAAAGUCCCUUGCUUUUUUCUUUUCUUCCCAAGAAAUCACUACAUUGUGUUAAAAGGCUAGUGCAAGCACAGACUGAUAGUUGCCUACAAAAGCCAGCUGAAGUGAUCGGAAAUUCUGUACAUCAAGUAGCCGACAUGCCGCUGUACAAGCUGGCUGUAUCUGUUCGUGGUAUACCUGGCCUGGCCUUACUUAGUGCUAGCACUGAUAUCCAGAGGCAGAAAAGUAUUAUCACAUCCUUCACUUUGUUCAGUUUUUUGGACGUUGGUUUUUAUGAUGAUGAUAUGCUGACAGUACUGUUGAGGGGAUACACUGACAAAGAAGAGAAAGGUCAAUUCUUGGCGCAGCUACCACUAUCGUCAAUUUACAUCAACGUGGACACAGAGGAAGAAUUCAGCUUGGAUACUGGCAAAAGGCUAGAUGAGCAGACCAGUCAAAUUCCAGUUGAAAAUCAGUCCCAGACCUUAGAGAAUAUGAAAGCACAAUAUAUUGCUGUAAAUGGUAUUCGUAAAGUAUCUUGUGUGCUCAGUUCAAACUUGCGAUAUGUGCGUGUUUUUGAAAUGGAUGUAGAAGAUGAUGGAGAGGUGGAUGAAGAGGAGGAAGAGCCAAAGCCUCGAGAUGUUAGUUGGAUAAAGGAUGAGAUUGAAGAGACAGUGAAUGCUCAAGAUGAUUCUGAUGUCAACGAUGCUGCUGGUGUCGAGAACCCUGUAUUGCUUGAGGAUGAUGCUUCCAGUCUGGAGUCUGUACCUGGAACCUGGAGUUAG